UCAGGUAUGGCUAGGUCGCGUCCGUAUCAAGCGCACGGCUUGGUACGGUGCACGUGCUCGCGUGAGUCGAGAUACUCAUACGAUAAAAAUAUGGGACAGUUUUUGUUUUGGUACGACGACUGCGGUGCACCGUGCUUCUUGCCGUGCCCGUCACGCAUCGAUUCCUUGUGCCUGCCCGCCGUAGAACACGAUUGACCGACAUCGCAAUGUCACGUUGCCGACUACGAUGAUUUUGACCAAGGAAGAAGCUCUUUUCAUUUGCUUAUUUCAUGCCUAUGCUCAAAUCGGAACAUUUAGUCAACUUUGUUCAAUGCAAGAUUGUGGAUAACUGUCCACAACUGCAACGGACAUGGAUUUCUUUGUGGGUGUUGAUGUGGGAACAGGAAGCGCCCGAGCAGCUCUAGUUACCUCAAACGGGAAGAUAAAAAACGUGGCUACUUGUCCAUUGGAAAUAUUUCAUCCAGCCCCAAACUUUUAUGAGCAGUCUUCCGAUAACAUUUGGAGUGCCGUGUGCCACGUUGUUAAGUCAGUUGUUGCUGGAAUUUCUGCAGAGGAUGUUAAAGGAAUUGGAUUCGAUGCUACUUGCUCAUUAGUGGCCGUAGACGAGACAGGUUCACCAGUAACAGUCAGUCCUACAGGACAGGAGAAGCAAAAUAUCAUAUUGUGGAUGGAUCACAGAGCGCAUGAAGAAGCUGAUUUUAUUAACUCUAUGGGUCAUGAUAUACUACAAUAUGUGGGCGGCAAAAUUUCUCUCGAGAUGCAAACGCCGAAAAUGCUAUGGCUUAAGAAAAAUUUACCCGCUUCUUGGAAUUCUGCUGCACUACUAUUUGAUCUACCAGAUUUUCUAACGUGGAAAGCCACCGAAUCGGAAUCACGAUCGUUGUGUUCGUUAGUGUGUAAGUGGAAUUAUAGCGCCAAUCCCAAUGGUAAGAACGGAUGGAAUGAAGAUUUCUUUGAACAGCUCAAUUUACGGGAUCUGAAAAAAGACAAUUGGAGAAAAAUAGGUAAUGAUGUAAGAGUACCUGGUGAUGCAAUUGAGUCAGGAUUGUCAAUGAAAGCUGCAGCAGAAUUGGGAUUAUUGAAAGGUACACCAGUUGGAACGUCGCUGAUUGAUGCACAUGUCGGUGGCCUUGGUAUGAUCGGAUGUUACGCGUCGGAUGUAUCCCCGAAUUUCUCUAAUCGAUUGGCUUUAAUUUGCGGCACUUCAACUUGUCACAUGAUAGUGAAUGAGAAUAAGAUAUUUGUAAAUGGUGUUUGGGGACCGUAUUACAGCGUGAUGAUACCCGGUUUCUGGCUUAACGAAGGAGGUCAGAGUGCCACCGGAAAACUACUCGAUCAUAUCAUCGAUACGCAUCCCGCCACGCCGGGAAUUCUGAAGACUUUAGGUGGCAAUAAACACAUUCAACAAUACUUGUCCGAAUUGCUGCAUGUUAUGGCUGAACAGAAAAAUCUACAGAACGUAUCGUAUUUGACGAAAGAUAUACAUGUUUGGCCAGAUUUCCAUGGUAAUCGUUCGCCUCUUGCUGAUCCAACACUGAAAGGAAUGAUAUCCGGAUUAUCCUUAUCCGUAGACCAAGAAAAUUUAGCGCUGUUAUAUUUAGCAACGGUUCAAGCACUAACGUAUGGUACAAAACAUAUAAUUGAAGUUUUAUCGGUUGCUGGUCAUAACAUAGAGAGUAUAUUAGUUUGUGGUGGACUCAGUCAGAAUCCGCUGUUUAUUCAAAUACAAGCCGAUGUGUUAGCAUUACCGGUACUUUGUCCUGUGGAACGAGAAUCGGUUCUGGUAGGUGCAGCAAUCCUUGGAGCAUGUGCCACGAAGAAAUAUUCUAUGCAGGAGACUGUCCAGAGAAUGGCGGGAUCGGCGAAUAUAGUGAAACCAACAAGUGACUGUUACAAGUAAAUAUAAGA